GUCACAGGCCAUAAGUGGGCUUGGGCAGGUCAACGAUUGACUCCGGGGUCCAUUUAGACUGGGGACACGGCGGGAGAUUUAAUCGCUAAAUUGGGGCGCGCCGAAACGGCGAGACCUGAAUCUGAUGGAGUACUCCAAAACCACCGAUAAGCUAACCGAGUUUUUGGACUCCGGGAUUUACCGGUUCGAAGAUUCCAACGCCGUUUUCAUCGACCCGGUUCGCGUGCUCAACCGCUCCUACACCCGGUUUAGGGUUUCACCUUCCGCUUACUACUGUCGCCCAUUCGACUCCACUUGCCCACCGGAGCCUAGCGUCGCUUCGAAUUCCAGGAAGCGAAAGCGGAAGGAGAAGAAGAAGAAGAAGAAGCCCCGGGCUCUGAACGAAAGAGAACAAGUCGCCGAUCAACGCCACCAGGAAGUGAGACCUUUCUUACUGAAGGCACAUGAAUCUUUGAUCCGAACAAGUGAGGUGUUAGAGGUUAUGAGCAAUUUGAGGGGUUGUUUGGGUCCUGAAACUUCCUCUCCAGGUGUUAAACAGUCAUUUGUUGAACUCGCACAGGUCUGGCAGGCCCCUCUUUACGAGAUUACUCUAAACUUCCAUACAAAUUACAAAGAAGGGGAAGAUGGAGUAAUUGCAGUGAUGUACUCUACUUUGUGUUUGUUAGGCUCCCUUGCUACGCAAGGCUGUGAACAAUGUGUUCUCCCUCUGUUUAACAACUUGGUCGUUAAUGAGAGCAGUAAUGAUGUGGAGGCUGAAGUUUUGACCAGUCGAUAUAUUUUGCCUCCGAAGAGUUCCUUCUACAUGUCAGAUAUGGGGCAGAUUCACAAUCUAAUUCCUGCUGAGUCUGAUUUUGGCUUCAGUGUUAUAGUUGUUGAUCCACCAUGGGAAAAUGGCAGUGCUCGGCAGAAGUCGAGGUACAAAACUUUGCCCAACCGAUAUUUCUUAUCCAUUCCGAUCAAGCAACUUUGUCACACAGAUGGAGCAUUUGUCGCCUUAUGGGUAACAAAUAGGGAGAAGUUGCGUGAUUUUGUCGAGAAAGAGCUGUUUCCUGCUUGGGGAGUCACACAUGUUGCUACUUUUUUCUGGUUGAAGGUGAAAGCUGACGGUUCCUUGAUUUGUGAUUUAGACCUGUUUCAUCAUAGGCCAUAUGAGUGCCUUCUUGUGGGCAUCUGUCGUGGGAAGGUUAUGAAUUCUAAACAGCUGUUGGGAUCAGAUCAUAUACCAGAUAAUCAAAUUAUAUUAAGCGUACCGGGGGAUUACUCAAGGAAGCCCCCAAUAGGAGGAUUGUUACAGGAGCUUGCUCCGAGGCUCAAAGGUGGUCGAUCCAUUGAACUAUUUGCUAGAGAAAUGACAACCGGAUGGGUUUCUUGGGGGAAUGAACCCCUUCAUUUUCAAGAAUCCAGGAAUUUUGUAACCGAAUAGAGCUGCUAAUAUUAUUGUGAUAUAAUUGGUCAGUGUACAUUUUGCUAACUCUGUUACCACAAAAGACCCGUUUGUUUUUGGUGCGACUUGGGUAACAUUUUCAGUUGUCAUGGCCUUUGUAAGAUUCAAAAACUGGGAGAGGAUUAAUAACAAAAUCGAAUAGUACUCUUUCUAUCAA